GAAGUUCACGUGUGAUUCUAUUAAAAUGGCCGUGAUCAAGAACCGCUGGCUCGCUCAAAGACUUGGAGGCGAUAUGUACAGUGUGGCGUUCAAAUACGAGCAGGGAAAUAUUAAUACAGUUUAGAAUGAAGGUGGGUUGUUAUAUGGGAUGCUUGUCUGGUUUGAGAGGGUUACUUAUGAUCAUGAUGAUGACUAGAAGAGUGAUGAUGACAAUGGUGAUGACAAAAUCGGUGAUGUCAAAGAUGGUGGGUAUGGUGAUAACGAUGUUGAUGAUGAAGACGAUGACGAAGAUGAUGACGAUGAUGAUAGUGACAAGGAUGAUGAUAAUGAUGAUGAUGAUGACAUGAUCACGUUAUAGUAAAGGCGUGACAAUGAUGACGAUUAUGUCAAUGAUAGAGCCAAUGAUGCAAAAGGUGACGUCAUUAAAAAUGACGUCAUGAUGACGGUACCGGCUUCCCUACUGACAUUUUAUGAUUACAAUAAUGAUAAUAAUAAUGAUUUCAUGCUUAAAAAAAUAGACGAGCAACCAGGGUUGACAUAUUAAAACAAUUAAAACGUUCUCUGGCUGAAAAUUUUAAGUUAAAAUAAGCUUUCGGCUGCCAACCUACAGCCUACAGCCUUUGAUUACAAUAAUGCUGAAUGAGAACUGUGGUUUUGAAGGAAAUAAUUGAACACUGCAUUACUCGUACAUUCUUCAAUACGUUAUAUAACAAUUAUGGAACUUGUAAAAUAUUGGAAAAUGGCUUGCAGAUUAUUUACUUCCUCAAUAAGGAAAAACUUUAGCCUUUAAUAACGACUGUAUUUAUGUAAGGUACGAAUUUUAAAAAAUGAAUUUUAAAAAGCAUUUUGUGGUGUGCAAAAUACAGAAUCUGUCAUAAACCAUCUGUCGUACCGGCGUAGAGCGAUAUGUAGCUCAGCGUAGAGUACCACACCAGCCCAUGGGGGGAGGGGGAGGGUGGAUUGUGUGGAAUGUUUGCAUGAGGGGUAAUCCGUGCAAGUAGAGUUUGCAAUAUGGAUGCCAUUCUCAGAAUGCAACUUGCGUGGUUGAAUAGGCGAUAAUUAGUUUGAAUGCAAUAAUUAGAGAUAUCUCCGGAAUGGAAGAACAUGAUAUGUGUAUGUAGAAGAUCUCUUAGCUUUGCAGAAUAGGAUAAGGCGGUGUCCGGUUGCAUUAAAUUAAAAACAUCAGCUAAUCUUUUGAAAAGCAUUUCUGUACAUAGUGUACUAGCUCAAUAUACAAUGAACUGAAAGACUGAGCCCUCUAAGGACUCUAUAUUCAUGACAUUAUACCCAAUUGCGUGACACGUUGCGUGAUGUGACGAUAUAUCGUGAUCACUGUAAGCUAUCACUCACUCAUCAUUCAGUGCUGCCUGUUAUCACGAACGUUUCUCGGACAAAGAACGUUUGUAUUGUUUUGACUGGCGUCUUAUCUACUAAUCUAGUACGUUGUAAAAUGGCUGUUUCCAAAUCCAACCCGGGACUUUGUAGCUCGCUAAAUUUCGUAAGCUUGGUUAUCUCCACUGUCACUCUAUUACUACUUCUAGCAGGGUUUGUAAGAAUCGAAUUCAAACUGAACGAUCAAGACGCAAAACUUGCUGCUGUUGAGCGACUCUGCACGGCUCGAACACAAGACGUGUCGCAAGAAGAUGACAUAGCUGAUGUUAAGGGAAAGUCCAGUGAAACCAUUAACAGAGCACGUCGUUCUGGAACUGGGCUUGCAACAAAGAGCAGUAACCAACAAACCAACGAACUGACUGAAAUAAAAAACGAGAUCAAGAAAAAUUUGGAGAAGAUGAGGGAAGAGAAUACACGCGUUUGCAGUUCACCUCUUGGCUCGAUGUGUCUUCGUGGUCCUCCUGGGGAACCAGGCUUAAAGGGGGAAAAAGGAGACAUGGGAAACAGCGGGGCCUCUGGGGUCCCAGGCUCUAAAGGUCAGAAAGGCGAAAGAGGAGCCCAGGGAACUCCAGGGAUACCCGGUCAGUCGAAGACGCCUGAUGACCCCCGGCGCGGGUCCCCGCAGGUCAUUGUGUCUCCAUCAAUUUUAACAGUGAAUGAAAACCAGACAGCUAGGUUUCACUGCACAGCGACUGGUGAGCCGAAACCUAAUCUAGUGUGGCGUAAAGACGGAGAGAUUCUAAGAAGCGGAUACAAAUAUCGUGUGCUAAAAGAUGGAGAGCUCACUGUCAAGCAUGCCCAGUACAAUGACAGUGGAGCUUACGAGUGUGUCGCGCGAACAAACUUGGCCCGAGUCGAGGCCUUCACGGAACUUGUGGUCAGAGCGACUCCUCGGAUCAAGCCGUUAUCUCAGCGGCCGAUAUACGUGUUAGAGGGAAACGACUUCACAUUCCCAUCGUGCAUUGCGACGGGGUUUCCUUCACCGACUAUCACGUGGUCUCGAGUGUUCCCAAGUCUCCCAGAGGAACGAAGCUUUUCAAGGACAGGAAAUUUCACCAUCGUUAACAUCACCGCGGGUGAUUCUGGGGUAUACAUGUGCAAGGCGACGAAUUUCAUUGGCAGCGCUCGAGAGAUGAUGCAGCUUGUUGUUCUGACAAUGCCGCAAUUUACUGUGAAACCGCCAAAGAAUCAUGUCGUAACCUCAGGCGACAUACUCACUGUCAACUGCAGUGCAAAGGGAGACGGAACGCUGUUUGUCGCGUGGAGCCGCGAGUACGCAAAGCUUCCCGAUCGGAGAGCGACUGUGCGCAAAGAUGGAGCCUUGGUGAUCACUCAAGUGGUCCCAAGGGAUGCUGGGAAGUAUGUUUGUACCGCGAGUAGCGUGGGUGGCGCCAUACAGAUAACCGCUGACAUGAACCUUGCUGUAAUUCAGAAGGGCUUGAAAGAAGGCAUUUGUCCCAUACCCCUCCCGAUUGAUGCCUGUGAAGAGGAGACUAAUGACGAAUGUACUUUGGACUCUGAUUGUUUUGGUGACAUGAAGUGCUGUUCUGAUUCCUGUCAGAAGUUGUGUGUUCAACCACCACAAAGUAAGACGUACUCUUUCACAUUUUUACCCUGUUAAGUUUCCACGUCAAAAAUCGGUCAAGAAUUCUGAGCCAGCGAGUUGUAUGAAACAUCAUGCUCAAUAGCCUGACAUGGACCUGUGACAACAAGGUCACGCGAUAUAUCUCGUAGCGCUUGCAAGCAUUGGAAAUAAGAAUUGAAAUCGCUUCGAAUUCGGUUACUUCCGCGCGGUAACAGUCAUGCUGUAAGAAACGACAGAUAGUCCGAUGAUUGGAAAUAUAAAUCUGAAAAUUAAUAGAAAUUAAAAAUACAUCAUUGUCAGAUUUACAGGAUCACAAUUUCGUGUU